CACUGACAGGAUGAUUUUAAUUUCCGUCUCUGAAGGAAGAAGACUCUCCCAUCCACAUUGACAUCACAGCAAACGAAUACUCAAAUAAAUGCAAAUGACUUAAUGGUCUCUUCUUAUUUGUCAUAUUCAAUUUGGAGCGAAGCUGUUGUAGGGCAACAUAUGGCCGUAGGUGGUAAAAUCGAUAUUCGAUAGUUGAAGAGUCCGUUUGUCUUCAAAAUAAGAAACUAUAAGUGUGAAAUACUAACGAGGCGUUAGAUCUAGCAAGGAAAUCUGUUAAGGGGAUGAUUUAUGGGUAUUUGCUCAAAAUAUCUACGUCGGCCGCGAAAAGGGGCUCGCAAAAAUGUCAUAAUUUAUUGAUAUCGGCCGAGUUCUUAUCUUUCUUUUGUGUGGAAUAUUUAACGAGUUGCGUUAUCAAAUUCUGCCGGUUGCUAUCCUGUUGCUAGGCUAACAAGACUUCGUUUGAAAGUCAAAACAUAAAACGAGUCCGGUUUCACUUUUUGAAACGGAUUCUGGAGAGGGAAAAUUUUUAACGCGACUGCCAAGAAAAGUCGUUUAUUGACAGCACUCUGUGAGAAUGGCCCAGUCUUCGAUAAUUGCCGGAGUCAUCGUGGAAGACAUAUCAAGGCAUCUAAACUGUCGACUUUGCAGGAGAUUAAUUCGAACACCGAAACUUUUACCUUGCUUGCACUCGUUUUGCCAAGUUUGUAUCCAAGGCUUUGCAGAAAAACUCGCUCCGAGCGAGUUUCUAGCUUGUCCGCUUUGCGAAACGGAUGCUAAAAUUUCAAAGGAAGAAUUGGAAGACCUACCGACAAAUUUCUUUCUAGAUAAUAUGUUGGAUAUUGCUUUGAUAAACUCGAGCGACAGAGAACCUGUUCCGUGCUCGAACUGCGACUCGCUAAACUCUCCGGCAACCUCUCGAUGCGUGGACUGCGGCGAGUUUCUUUGCCUGAAUUGCUACAACGUUCACAAGAGGAUUCGCCAGACGAAAGAACAUAGGAUUUUGACAAUUUCCGAGCUUCUUGCCAGUAAAACCGGUGAGGAUUUGCACCGUCCGGCUUUCUGUAGGAUACAUCACAGCGAACCCUUGAAAUAUUAUUGCGAGACUUGCAAUGAAGCUGUGUGCCGCGACUGCGUGUUAAUUGAACAUCGACAACAUAAAUACGACUACAUUAAAGACUCCAAAAAGAUACAAAAACAGAAGGCUAUCAUGGAGAAUUUGUUUGAGGAGUGCUCGGCGAACAUUCCGUUUUUGGAAAAGUCUAUCAAGGAAAUCCAAGGUAUUUCUGACACCCUUCGUGGGAGACUAGCGGCAGUGAAGGCUGAAAUUCGGGAGGCCACUUUACAUCAGAUUAAAGUACUAAAAGAAAAAGAAAGAAAAUUACUGAUGGAAGCGGACAAAAUUUAUAACGCAAAGUCACCCAUUUUAAAACGCCAAAAAGACCAGCUCCAAGAUGAAUACACGAAAUUCAAGACAGGUUGUGAUUUUUCGGAGCAGGUUUUAAAAUACGCGAACGAAGUGGAACUACUGUCGCUAAAAACUCUCAUAACUGAAAGGCUGACGGAACUGAAUAACACGCAACUGGACUGUAAACCACACGAAAACUCCGAGCUUAAAUACGAAGUAAACACUAAGGAAGCAGAGACUGUGGUCGCUCAUUCUUUGGGAAUUCUUAAAACUAGCGGACCGCACUUAGUACUGGAAGACAUAGAGGAGGCUCCAAAAAUGAAUGGAAGAACGAACGGCUAUAGCGAGGAAAAUGCUACGAGGGAGGUGCCCCUCUCUGUGGAGUUAAGAGACCCCAAUGGCGUGUUAUUACCACCCGAUACAAUUCAUCAAGCUGAUGGUCAGUCAUUCUCUGCAUACCAUCCUUUCUUCAAUGGAAUUUUCUCAUUUUCUGUGUUCAUUCGUGGACAAGUCGUGGAAGGGUUUCCGCAAGACAUAAAUAUCGGUGAUAUCAGGCCUCGUGUUCGGAGCGCCAAGAGAGCGAUCGCGGGGAGUGGGUCCAAGUUUGGAAGGUUAGGAGAUCCCCAGGGGGUGGCAGUGAGUCAAGAUGGUAAUGUUAUCGUCAGUGACUCGCGAAAUCAUCGUCUCCAAGUUUUUGACAUGGAUGGAAACUUCCGGUUCCUCUUUGGCGCACCGGGAAGUAGAGACGGUCAUUUCCAGUUUCCCAGCGGUGUGGCUGUGACCACCGAGGGGGACAUUGUUGUAGCGGACACCAUGAACAACAGAAUCCAGAUUUUUACAAAAGACGGCAAGUUUAUUAAGAAGUUUGGCAAAGAAACGAUGGAGGGAGAGCGCCUUUAUCAGCCGUACGGAGUGGCUGUUGACAACCAAGGCCGUAUCUUCGUCGUAGACCGUGGUAAAGCUCGUGUGGUAGUUUUUAACGAGAAAGGUCAAGUACUGUUCACGUUUGGCAGUCUUGGUGACGGCAGAGGGCAGUUCAACUGUCCUUCGGCUGUGGCUGUGAACAGUAAAGGACAUGUGAUCAUCACCGACUUCGGAAACGAUCGGGUGCAGGUGUUCGGCUCGAAGGGCCAGUUUCUUUUUAAGUUCGGAAAAAGCGGGAAAGCCGACGGCGAACUUAACUGGCCCACCGGAGUUGUAACGGACGCCGACGAUCACAUUAUCGUUAGCGACUCGUACAAUCAUCGUAUUCAAAUGUUCAACGAGGAUGGCUCGUUUAUGACCCGAUUCGGAAGCGAAGGUAGCAAGAGAGGGCAGUUUAAGAGACCAGAAGGAGUAGCUGUUACGAAACAGGGAAAUAUCAUUGUUGCAGAUUGGGGUAAUGACAGAAUACAGGUGUUUUGAAGCUUUGAUCCUCAGUAACGCUGUAUUUCGUAGUUUUCGACCGCUUCCUGGUUAGCUCAAUUGGUAGAGCGCCGGACUGUUGUACGGGAGGUCGAGGAUUCACCCCGGACCAACA